AUGUCCGCCCUUAGGUUGCGGCAGCUGGCCGCCUCGGCACAGUUCUCCCGAGCCCUUCGUCCGCAGACGCGCGCCUUUUCCUCCACCAGGCCCGUCUCCAAGAUCUUCACGAACGAGCCGCUCCGCGCCCAGGAGGCAUCGCCUUUCCUUAGCAACAAGUACCCUGUGAUCGACCACGAGUACGAUGCUCUCGUCGUCGGUGCCGGUGGCUCGGGUCUCCGCGCCGCCUUCGGUCUAGCUGAGGCGGGCUUCAACACUGCUUGUAUCUCCAAGCUGUUCCCCACGCGUUCCCACACCGUUGCCGCGCAGGGCGGUAUCAAUGCUGCGCUCGGAAACAUGCACGAGGAUGACUGGAGAUGGCACAUGUACGAUACAGUCAAGGGUUCGGACUGGCUCGGCGACCAGGACGCCAUCCACUACAUGACCCGUGAGGCGCCUCAGAGUGUCAUUGAGCUUGAGAACUACGGAUGCCCCUUCUCUAGAACUGACGAUGGCAAGAUCUACCAGCGCGCUUUCGGUGGUCAGUCCCAGAAGUACGGCAAGGGUGGUCAGGCAUAUCGCUGCUGUGCCGCCGCUGACAGAACCGGCCACGCUCUUCUUCACACUCUGUACGGCCAGUCGCUGAGACACAACACCAAGUACUUCAUCGAGUUCUUUGCCAUUGACCUGCUUAUGGAGGAUGGCGUUUGCAAGGGAGUUAUUGCCUACAACCAGGAGGACGGUACGCUGCACAGGUUCCGCGCUCAGAACACCGUCUUGGCCACUGGUGGUUAUGGCCGUGCUUACUUCUCUUGCACCUCUGCCCACACCUGCACUGGCGACGGUAUGGCCAUGGUUGCGCGUGCCGGUCUUCCCAACCAGGAUCUGGAGUUCGUUCAGUUCCAUCCCACAGGUAUCUACGGCGCCGGUUGCUUGAUUACUGAAGGCUCGAGAGGUGAGGGUGGUUACCUGCUGAACUCGGAGGGUGAGCGUUUCAUGGAGAGAUAUGCUCCUACCGCCAAGGAUUUGGCCUCCCGCGACGUUGUUUCCCGUUCGAUGACCAUGGAGAUCCGUGAGGGUCGUGGUGUUGGUCCUGAGAAGGACCACAUCUACCUCCAGCUCAGCCACCUGCCUCCGGAGAUUCUCCACGAACGUCUCCCUGGUAUCUCUGAGACUGCUUCUAUUUUCGCUGGUGUCGAUGUUACGAAGCAGCCCAUCCCUGUCCUGCCUACCGUUCACUACAACAUGGGUGGCAUUCCCACCAAGUACACUGGCGAGGUCCUUACCGUUGAUGAGCAGGGUAAUGACAAGGUCGUCCCUGGUCUUUUCGCUUGCGGUGAGGCGGCCUGCGUCUCUGUCCAUGGUGCCAACCGUCUUGGUGCCAACUCCCUCCUGGAUCUUAUCGUCUUCGGUCGCGCUGUUUCCCACACCAUCCGGGACAACUUCACUCCCGGCCAGAAGGCAGAGCCCAUGUCCGCGGACCUUGGUGCUGACUCAAUCUCUAUCGUCGACCAUGUCCGCACCGCUGACGGCCCGAAGUCCACCCAUGACAUCCGCCUUGCCAUGCAGAAGACCAUGCAGACGGACGUCUCUGUCUUCCGUACCCAGGAGUCGCUUGAUGAGGGUGUCCGCAAGAUCCACGAGGUCGACGCUUCGUUCUCCCAGGUUGGCACCAAGGACCGCAGCAUGAUCUGGAACUCGGAUCUCGUUGAAACGCUCGAGCUCCGCAACCUGCUCACUUGCGCCGUUCAGACCGCCGAGGCUGCCGCCAACCGCAAGGAGUCGCGUGGUGCCCACGCCCGUGAGGACUACCCCGACCGUGACGACGAGAACUGGAUGAAGCACACUCUCACUUGGCAGAAGCAGCCCCACGGCAAGAUCGACCUCAGCUACCGCUCGGUUACUGGCACUACGCUCGAUGAGAACGAGUGCAAGCCCGUCCCGCCGUUCAAGAGAACAUACUAG